AUGCGGGGUGUGUGGGCAGCAGUGGUGGUGGUACUGGCGCUGGUGGCGUCAUGCGCAGCGUUCUCCAACCCAAAGUGGACGACCAACCCCUCGGGCAACCGGUUCAAGAACGCAAAGUUCUCGUUUGCCGCCCCCUUCCAGUUUGUGGCGGGCUCUGCCAUCCCGCACUGGGAGUACGGCGGGUCGACGCUUGUGAUGGACGAUUUCGUGCGGCUGACGCCGGACCGGCAGAGCCGGUCAGGCUGGGUAUACAACGUGGAUCAGUGCUUUGUGCACAACUGGGAGGCCGAGGUGGCGUUCCGUCUCCACGGCUCGGGCGCGCGGGUGUAUGGCGACGGGUUUGCGGUGUGGUAUCGGGCGGAAAAGGCAUCGCAGGUGCAGGGCGGCCCGGUUUUUGGCCUGGCCGACAAGUUCAAGGGCCUGGCGGUGUUUGUGGACACGUUUGACAACAACCAGGAUCGGGCGAACCCGCUCAUCCAGGUCAUGGUGGGCGACGGGCGGACAGCUUACGACACGAUGGAUGGCACGCAGACGAUGCUGGGCCAGUGCUCGGCUGACGUGCGCGGGACGGCGGAGCCUGUGCGGCUCCGCAUCCGCUACGAGGCCGGCAACCUGGUCGUCCAGUACCAGCUGCAGCCCGAGACCGAGUGGAAGGCGUGCGUCGAGGUCCACAACGUCGAUCUCCCGCUCGGAUACCACUUUGGCCUCUCGGCCGCAACCGGCGACGUGGCCGACAACCACGACAUCUACUCGUUUGGUCUGCAGUCGGGAGCCAGCCCGGACCGCGAGCCGCAGGUUCUGGGCUCGGGCGAGAACCUUGUCGAGGGCGGCAAGACCGGGCCGGCCAUCCAGCGCCGCAACCGUGUGCGUGCGCUUGAGAGCCCGCCUUCGUCGUCGUCGUUUGGCUGGGUUGCUGCCAUUCUCAUUGUCCUCGUCCUCGUGGGUGGCGUCGUGGCCUACGUUGUGUAUGCUCUGUCGAAGGACGACAAGAAGCGGUUCUAG